AUUUCUCUUCACAGAGACAGCUGUGGGAAAAUAGAGAAAAUAUUACUCGGCGGCCACUGCACCCCACCUGACCUUUCCUCAUCCUUUCCCCGCCAAUCCUUCUCUCUCCGCCGUACACGGCGGGGAUCUGAAGCCGCCGCCACCGUGCUCUCUUCGUAGCACAAGCGUCUCCGAUUUUCAUCUCGCAUCUCGUUUAGGUGCUUAGUAAUUGGCUGUCAGCUUCCUGGAUAUUGAGUGUGAUUUAUUGAGAAACAUAGCGAGGGUGGUGGACGAGGUGUGUGGACUACAAUGAGAUUGUUAAGGUCUAGCUCAAGUUCAUCAAAGGAGCAGUUCAAUGGAGAGAAAAAUCGUUCUUUGUUGUAUCUUAAUGUAUAUGAUCUCACACCUGUAAACAACUAUCUCUAUUGGGCCGGCCUUGGAGUGUUUCAUUCUGGUAUAGAAGUACAUGGUCUAGAGUAUGGGUAUGGAGCCCACGAGUACCCAUCUAGUGGAAUUUUUGAGGUGGAGCCACGUAGUUGUCCGGGUUUCACUUUUAGACGGUCAGUGCUCCUGGGCAGCACAGACAUGUCUCGUUCAGAAGUUCGGUCAUAUAUGGAACAUAUUUCAGGAAAAUAUCAUGGGGACAGUUAUCAUUUGAUUGCCAAGAACUGCAACCAUUUUGCUGAUGAAGUCUGCUUGCAUCUCACGGGAAAGCCAAUUCCUGGAUGGGUGAAUCGGCUGGCACGAGUAGUUUCAGGCUCAUUCUGCAAUUGCAUUUUACCAGAAAGUAUUCAGGUUACAAGAAUCAGACAUCUUCCUGAUCAUCAAGCCUUUUCAGCAAGAAGAUUUGGGACGAAAGGGGUACCCGAUCAAAUUCAAGUCCGACCGCCUAAAUUUGACCCAUCAAUUUCAGUUAAAGGAGUAAAAUUUCAAUGAGCUGAAAUUCUGACCUUCUUUGAAAGAAGACGGGACAGAUUCUGAUGCGUCAUCUGUAUCGGUAGAUAGCGAGGAGGAAGACUCUGAUCAUCAGUUGUUAACUGUACAAAAUAGUGAUAUGGCAUUUCUGAAUGAAAAACCAGUGAGACUAGCAAAAGAGCUUCUUUGAUUGAAACAUCUUUCUUCUUCUUCCCCUUUUCUCCCUUCCCUCCAAUUCAUCUAGUCUCCUGUUUGGAAUCCUUUUGAUUGUAUUUGUGUGUUGUGUGUGCGCGCUCUCAAGUGUAUCUAUUUAUCUGUCCUUUAAACACAUUGUAAUGUUCAAAUAUUCGUUAAGAUGUGUACUCAUGUAGUGUAUUUACAUAGAACAAUCAACUUCUGGCGUUACUAGGAUUCAAUGGAAUUGUUUUUCCCUCCGA